ACUUUAUUUAUUGAUCAGGUAAAUGUCACGAUUUCUUUGUGUAUAUAAGUCUUGACCAAUGGCCAGAUAAAGCUAACUUUGCGCUCUUCAAGAACCAUCGCUCACUUUGGUAAAAUGUUCCUACUCUCACUUCUCUUUGUGGCUUCGGCCUCCGCCAUCGUCCUCAGACCUCUAGGGGUUCAGGUGAACGAGAGGGAGAUUUGCGUCCCUGUUUUUGGCAUUGCUUCCAUCUGUGCUGACCCACACGUCAGCGGCAAGAGAGAGGACCAAGACAUUUGCGGCCACAUUCUGGGUGUUGAGAUCUGUGGAGACCCAACCAUCAGUGGCAAGAGAGAGCAAAACUUCGACCUCGCCGAGAUUGUUGCCAACAUUGGAAAGGUCGUCCACGUCAUUGAUGGAUUCGUCUCUGGCACAGCCAAGAGAGAGCUCUGCGUUCACAUUCUCGGUGCUGAGGUCUGCGGAAACCCAACAGUUAGCGGCAAGAGAGAGGAGCAGGAUGUUUGUAUAACCAUCGCUGGUGUCAAGGCUUGUGUGUAAAUUAUGUAACUUUAAUGCUGGUGAAUUUAUGCUAUUAAAUAUUUAGCUUAAAAAUA